UACAGUCUGCUUUGUCAGUCAGAUAUAUAUUUGUAAAUCAUGAGCGGUAUUUAAGUGACAGAUAUGUCAGUUCCGACUGAUAUUUUAGGUAGAAAGUGGCGUCGGAGGCGAGGCCAUGUGCUCACCUACCUCAUGAUCAGCGGACCGGUGACUGUGCUAUAAAUUAGUAUAAUUGGGACAGGCAUGCAAACACAGACAUUGGGUGUAAAUACGACUGCUUAUAAAAUGGCCAGAUAUCACUCCAAAACGACUGUGUUGCAAAAUGACUGGGACCAAGUUGCAUCUGCUGUCUGGCAGAGGUACCCCAACCCACACAGUAAACAUGUUCUAAGUGAAGAUGUAAUCUCGAGAAAGGUAGAAGACAACAAGCUCCACAGCUUCCGACUGCUGACCAAGACAAACCAUUUACCCAAGUGGGGGGAGCGAUUCCUCCCUUCAGGUACCCCCAGGUUUGCAUCCGUAGUGGAAGAGUCUGUGGUGGACCCCGUUGCAAAAACCUUCACAACAUUCACAUGGAACCUCAACUUUACCAGAAUUAUGAAUGUUAGAGAGAAGGUGGUCUACUCAGUGUCACCAGAAAACAAUGGCUGGACCCAAGUCCACAGGGAAGCCUGGGUGUCCUCUAGCAUGUACGGAUUCAUCCGAGCCAUCCAACACUUUGGGGUGGACAGAUACAAGAAGAACUCAGAAAAGGCCAACUUGGGACUCCAACUUGUGCUGGGCAGACUCUUUAACAAGGGACAGGAAGUUUCUUCAGAGCAGAAACCUGUAGAAAAGAAAAUAUUACUGAAAGAGAAGGCUAAAGUUGCAAAGGAAGCAGCCAUUCAGGUGGCUCAGCAGAAAGCACAGCAAAAGCAGGGAACGUUGAUGUGACAAAAGGCAGACCAAGUGGAUAGUUAGAAUUAUAGCAGUGUGAAAAGAUUGAAGAUACAUAUUAUGUUACAAGGGUGUUUGUUCGCCCAAAGCUCAAUUUGUGGAAAAA